UCGAAUAGCCCUCGUUUUAUUCUUUUCCACCUUGCCCCGCUCUCUUUCCCCUCCCUCGUCGCCCCCUCGCCGCCCGUGCACAACAUCGCCCCCAAUGUCCGAGUCCCCUGAGCCUGUCGACCCCGUCGCCGACCAGCAGGAGCACGAUCAGCUCGACGACGAGUCCCCCGCCGCUGCCGGCGAGUCCAGCGCCGCCGCGGCCGCCCCAGCACCGCCGCCCGGUUCGUCCCCGUCGCGAUCUCUGCCCCCAGACGCGCCCUUAUCCCAUCCCCAACAGCAGAGGCGCCCCCCGUCAAGCGAGGCCGAGGCCGUCCCAAAGGCUCGAAGAACAAGCCCAAAGACGCGAACGCCGCCGCGACGGCGUCCACGUCCGCCCCCACGACGGGCAAGAAGCGCGGAAGACCGCCCAAGGAGAAGAAGGACCCCGAGGCUGAGGGCGAGGAGCCUCCGGCCAAGAAGAAGCGUGGCAGGCCCCCCAAGCCCAAGCCCGAGGGUGCCGACGCUGCGGCGACGCCCAAGAAGCGCGGUCGGCCGCCCAAGGCUGCAGCCCAGUAAAUGCUGCAGCUCAAGCCAGCCUUCUUUAACCCAUGUUGCCUGCUGGCCACAACAUGGGAAGCGGUCUAACGCACCUCCUUUACAUGAAUGCUUCUUCCAUAGGUUUUCCGGUCGGGUCUCGUAUAUUCCAUAUUCCUCCGCUCCCCGCUCCUUCUCUCUCCUCUUCCCUCUUCCUUUCUGUCGUACUGCUCUCGACUGAUCCUUCUGGUCUGGUAAAUACCACAUAUCUACACACUGGCGCCCCGUCGAAGCUCUGUAUUUAUCUAUGCCUUUGGGGCGCGGUCACGGACAGGCAGACUGCACACGCCCUCUCUCGCCCUCCUGUUGUUUUAGUACCCCGGUUACAAGCAAUAUACAUAUGGACAUGAACGAUACACUUCGCACACGGA